CAGGGGGUUAAGUACCUUACCUCACUGAUCGCCCAAAGCAAGUAGAAGGGCAUGUUGAAGCACAACAUCUCUCUGCUCAAUCACAGCGCACCAUUUUCCUGUCCUUGGUCAGCAACCUACAAACCUUCUCUGGCCAUGCAAUGGGGGCCCAAAAGCCACGAUCUCAGUCUCUUCGAUGGCUUGUCACAGGCUGUUCCUCUGGUUUCGGCCGGUGUCUUGUUCCAGCGAUCAUCGCCCGUGGCGACAGGGUUAUCGCGACAGCUCGACGCCUAUCUGACCUUGAAUACGUCAAGGGAAUCCCUAGGGCUAAAGCACUUGAGCUAGACAUUACUGCACCCGAGUCUGUUGUCCACGCAAAGGUUGACGAAGCAAUCUCAUCGUUUGGAGGGCUUGAUGUUCUUGUCAAUAACGCAGGAUACGUUUUGUCAGGGGUAUGGGAGGAGCUGAGUGAAGAGGAGACAAAACGACAAUUUGACACAAACUUCUUCGGUUCCCUGAAAAUGACACGCUGCGUGUUGCCCCACAUGCGCUCACAACGUUCUGGGACGAUUCUGUUCAUGUCUAGCAUAUCUGGCUGGCACGGCGUCGGUGCUGGAGGACCAUACAGUGCAUCAAAGUUUGCACUUGAAGGUGCUGUCGAGUGUCUUCAAAAAGAAACGUGCCAUCUUGGCAUCAGCGUACACCUCCUAGUGGUAGGGCAGUUCCGCACCAGCAUCCUUAACGUAAAACAGAAAUCCGCAGUGUUAGACCACGACAGUGGCAUUGCCGACUAUGCAGUGGUGAAACGCGAGAUGGCCAGGAUCCACGCAGUCACAGACGGUGCGCAGCCGGGGGAUCCGGCCCUUGCGGCGGAGAGGAUUGUGGAUAUCGCAAGGGGGGAAAACCUGCCGGAGAGAAGGGUAGGACGUCUACCGUUGAGGAUCCCGAUUGGGUCAGAUGCUGUGGACAUAAUGAAAUUGAAGUGCUGCGAGACGUUGGAAGUAUUGGAGGAGUGGGAGGGCUUCGCUGGGAGUACGGAUUUCCCAGACAAGGACGAGCUGCCGAGCUACUAUAGAUGACAGGGAUAAGCCAUCGAAGUUCAACAAGGGCUCUAACAUAGUCUGGGGAGUUUAUAUUAGCCUUGCUUGAAAGCCGAUGACUGCACAAAUCUCAAGAACCAGGUUUAGCUCAUACAUUUGUACCAUUCUUUUCAGAGUACCUCGGCGAGGUUACCAACGGACACGAAGUUUAGUCUGUCAAAUUACUGG